GUUUAGUUUUUGCACUUUUUAUAUUGCCGAAAUCCGUUCGGCGAGAUCCGUCAAAAUGGGCGAUAUAAGCGGUUUUAAUACCUAUAACUAUGAAAAACUUCGUAAUUACAUACUCAAUCCGGAUAUAUCUAUCCACAAUCCACUCCCAGAUGUGCUGCCGAGGAAAUUCGAUCCAAUGCGAAUAUUGAAAGUGCCUCAGGGACCAGGAAGCACCAAAUUGAUUCCACGUAGAGAUUUCGUGAGUGGUGAAAUUUUGGAGUUUGUAGAAGUUGAUUUGGAGGAUGUGGGCGCCAAUGCCAACAACUCGAUGUCAAUGCGGCGGGAACCGGGCCUACUGGAGGAGGCUACCCGUGGCUCUCAUAUGAACUAUCCAUUUUGGCCUGGCGGAUUCGAUGAACAGCAAGAGGAAAUGGCCGCCCUGAAUGUGGAUAACUUUGACUUUGGAGACACUUUACUGACCAUUCCCCCUGGUUUUGCAGCGGGCUAUGAUUUUAGCAGGAAUCAGAAUCAGGAGAGCAAGGUCGUGGAGGCCCUACAAAGCGAAAGCAAUGUUGAUCUCUUGGAGAAUUUGGAGCAGGAUUUGGAUGUUCAACAGUGGAUGCAAAUCACUCGCAACGUAACUGAGGCCCAAGAAGGAUCAAAGCGAAGUGUAGCAGAGAUUCCAGCCGAAUUUCAGGAUGUCGAUGAUGAGAUAAUGAAUGCUGAUCUUCAACCGGUCCUGACUAUAUCCACCAGCAACAACAAAACAUUCUACAGUGAGUGGGCCGAAAUGGUUGACAUCAGUCAGCCGAUUACUAAUUUUAAGGAACAAAUUCCAUGCCCGGCUAUGGACUUUCCCUUUGAACUGGAUGUGUUCCAGAAACAGGCCAUAUUGAAAUUGGAGCAGCGGCAAUAUGUCUUUGUGGCUGCCCACACAUCGGCUGGCAAGACAGUGGUUGCCGAGUAUGCUAUAGCAUUGUCCAAGCGUGAUCUCACCAGGACUAUUUACACAUCGCCAAUUAAAGCUCUAUCUAAUCAAAAGUAUCGCGACUUUCGCAAGACUUUUAAGGAUGUGGGUCUGAUAACCGGAGAUCUGCAAAUUGAGCCAACAGCAUCCUGCCUGAUUAUGACCACAGAGAUUCUGCGCUCCAUGCUGUACUGUGGAAGUGAUAUUACCAGAGAUCUGGAAUAUGUCAUAUUCGAUGAGGUCCAUUACAUAAACAACCCGGAACGGGGCCAUGUGUGGGAAGAGGUCAUCAUAUUGUUGCCCGAACAUGUCAAUAUCAUAAUGCUUAGUGCCACAGUGCCCAAUACAAUGGAGCUGGCAAAUUGGGUGGGCAGUACCAAGAAGCGCAAAGUCUAUGUCAUUAGCACAUUGAAGCGCCCGGUGCCUUUGAUGCACUACCUCUAUACGGGAGCCGGCGGUAGGAGUCGCGAUGACAUAUUUCUAUUGGUGGAUGCUCAGGGCAAGUAUCUUCAAGAAAACUACGAAAAAGCCGUGGCGCGCAAGAAGGAAAUGCAGAGUAAAUCCGAGGGUGGUGGCCCAAAGACCCAUGCCAGUGGCAAACCGGAACAAGGAAAUCCCGGCGACCGUAAGAAGGAGGCACCAAAGGCCAAAAGCACUCCAUUUAUUAGCGGGCCCAAGAACUAUGUCAGUGGCAAGCAGGACCGUCAGAUUUGGAUAGGGCUAAUUGAUUUUCUAAAGCGCAGCAAUAAGAUGCCCGUAGUGGCCUUCACCCUGUCCCGCAAUCGAUGUGACCAAAAUGUGGCAGCCCUUCAGUGCGUGGAUCUCAACACCGAGCAAGAGAAGAAAGGUGUGCGCAAAUUCUUCCAGCAGUGUUUGGCCAAACUAAAGCCACCGGAUCGCACUAUACCACAAGUGAUGGUUCUGAGAGACGCCCUGGAGCGUGGCAUUGGUGUCCAUCAUAGCGGCAUAUUGCCAAUAUUGAAGGAAAUUGUGGAAAUGCUUUUUCAAAACGGUUUGGUAAAGUUACUCUUUGCCACUGAAACCUUUGCCAUGGGCGUCAAUAUGCCCGCCCGCACUGUGAUCUUUGAUUCGCAUAGAAAAUUCGAUGGACUCGAAGUGCGCAAUCUAAAGCCGGGCGAGUAUAUACAAAUGGCUGGCCGAGCCGGCCGGCGUGGUCAUGACGAGAAUGGGACCGUGAUCCUGCUCUGCAAGGGCAAUGUGCCACCUACAAUGGAAUUGCGACCCAUGAUCCUGGGUCUGCCCGAGAAGCUACAAUCGCAGUUUAUCCUCCGCUAUGCCGUCAUCCUGACUUGCCUUCGCAUUGAGAGCAUCAAAGUGGAGGACAUUAUGAAGUUCAGUUUUAAGGAGUUCAAUCAGCGAUUGCAAUUACCGACUCAACAAAAGGAGUUGCGCUUGGCCGAAGAUAAAUUUGCGAUGCUCCCCGCUUUGGGUGAACAUUUACAGCCACUCAUUUACUUCUAUGACAAAUCUGUCGAAUAUUGGAAAGAAAACCAUCGGUCCAUGAAAUUUGUGGUAACGCAACCGAAAAUUCAAAAGGAGCUAAAAGUGGGAAGAGUCUUGGUAAUUACUCAAGGAAAGCAUUACAACAAGCUGGCCAUUUUGCUCAAUAUCAAAUCUGUACUGGGAAAAGAUACUAUCUAUAAAGUUCUGGCGCUAGACCAUCAGUACAAGGCAAAGGAAGAGAGUCUACAGCGAGAUGAUCUUUAUUACAAGAUCCUUUCGCUAACACCACAGCAUAAGUUCUUCCAGCCGGAGGGCAUCGGUGGUCAUGCUGUGUUCGACAUCAAAGCCAUUGAUAUUGUAAGCAUUACCAAAUCUCUUAUCAAGGUGGAUGCCGAUAUAAUUAUACGCAAUUGGGAGCAACGGCAAUUGGAACGCUUCAGAGAUGCUCCACCAGGCGCCACUGUGGUCAAGGCCGUGACAGAGCUACAUCAGCUCAAUGAGGCAUACAAUGCCAAUCCGGAUAGCAUAAAGUUUGUGAAUCUUAGCAAGGAGAUAAAUGUUAAUGCCGAGAGCGAAAUGACCAUGCUUAACUAUGUGAAUCACUUAAAAAAACAACUGGGCGAAGUCCUGCCCCACACCAAUAUAGCAGGCUUCGAGCAGGAGUUUGCGAAGGUCUACGAACGACGCAUGCUAGAGAUUCACAUCGAAGAACUUCGCUUCAAGAAUUCGGCAAAGAAUCUCACUUUGUAUCCGAACUAUUGCAAUAAGCUCAAAGUUCUGCGUGCCCUCAACUAUAUUGACGAACUGGACGAGGUGACACUCAAGGGAAAAGUGGCCUGUGAAAUGGGUCAAAACGAGUUACUCAUUACCGAAUUAAUUCUCUGCAAUAUGUUCAAUGAUUUGGAGCCGGCGGAGAUAGCUGCCCUUCUAUCGAGUCUGGUGUUUCAAGCAAAAAUUCAAGGCGAACCUGUAAUACCAGAUGCUCUUAAGGCAUGUGUAGCUGCUUUUGAGCAAAUCAACGAUACCAUACUGGCCGAGGAACAGCGUUUUGAAGCCGAGAUCGAAGCAGAGAAUCGCCUUAAUUUUGGCCUACUCGAGGUAGUUUAUGAGUGGGCUAGAAAUAAGCCCUUUGCUGAAAUCAUGAAACUAACCGAAGUCCAGGAGGGAAUCAUUGUUCGGUGUAUCCAGCAGCUGGAUGAGACGCUUCGCGAUGUAAAAACAGCUGCCAUACGCAUAGGAAACCCAGGUCUGCAAUCCAAAAUGGAAGAGGCAUCGGCAGCAAUCAAGCGAGACAUUGUUUUUACAGCCAGCUUGUACACGGAACUCUGA